ACUCUCUUGCUAUAGCGCUAGUAGACUAAGACCUCACAUAUCCCCAUUUGGCGUCGCAACGCGCAGAGUGCACUUUACUCCUGCCACGACUUGCUGGCCUACACACCGUCAUUUUGUGACCGUUUGAUCUUGUGUUGUGGUGACACUCUUGGAUAUUUCUUGGUUGCAAGAACCGAUUGAAGGAAGAGCAAUGAAGUACGUCGGUGUUUUCGUUCUUAGUCUUCUUGGAGUCAUAGCUUUGACUCAAGGUGCACCAGACUGCCUCGACACAUUCACUGCCGCACAGUGUGCGGAGUAUAUGAAGACAGGCGGAGCGCAAAUCGUACUGCCUCUCACGGAAAUACCUCAGCUGGACGCUGAGAAACAAGCGAUGCUUAAAUAUGUCUUGGCGAAUGUCUCAGACGAAUACGUCAUCGUGGACGUGGAACCGAAACAUGUUCUGAUCACCAAUAUCCACCUAUCAGCGGACAACGGUAACAGAGUUGCCGUGGAUUUCUUCGUGGCUAACCCGACAGGUUCGGUCGUCAUGCCAGUAUCUUUCCGUACUAAUGAGCUCUAUCUCGUACUGAAACUCAACAAAGAGAAGAUUGAUGAUAUGCUGGAUUAUAAGGUGACGGUUGUGGAACCAGACAGUGCUAACAACCUCCCAAUACCAACCUGGGCCUUAGCAAUUAUUGUCUACGCUGCAUUGGUCAUAGUUAUAGGUCUCAUCUAUUAUGGAACCAAGGAUUUCCGUCGUCAAUGGAGUGAGGCACAGGACAAGAAACUUCGCCACGCUGUCUUGGGAGACAGUGAUAUGGAGCUCGACCCUGAGGCUGGCGAGGCAGGGACUGGGCAGGGGGACUCUAGUGAGCCUAACGGGCCGGCUAAGAUGUACCGAGAUAGUCAGAUAUCAUUCGGUGUACAGGUAACUAAAGACGACAUAGAGGCUACUCUAGGCAUCACCUACGCUACGGUGGAAUCGAAAGACGACGCCAAAAAGGAGGAUAAGUGUCUGGACUCCCCGCCUCCCGAGAAAUCCCACAAACCACCCGACUAUCAUGAGGCAACAGCGCCCUCAGCCAGUGAUAGCGAAGCGUCUUCAUCAGACACCGCGUCUAAGAAGAGUGAAGCGAGUUCGGCAAUAGAGGGCGCUGUCAAUGCAGCCUACGAGGCGGAUGAGCAAGAUGGGGAGGGCGACCAGACUACUAGUCUGUAAAAACUUAAUCUCAUAAAAAGAGUUUUCUUAUUAACAAAGUGAUUUUUCAGUGCCGAAAUGAGGAGGUUGAAAAUGUUUUUGUCACGGCAACUUCAAGGCUGACAUUGUUUCAUAAUUUAAAAAUGAGGACAAAUUCACUUGAGUAUCACAUUAUGCAAAUGAGAUAAAAUUCCAUCUUAUGAAUAUUCUUUAAAAUAGUAAGAACUUAUGAGUUGUCUCAGAUUAAUGCAGGACGAAAAGGCUAUGAUUUAGUUGAACCGAAUUUGAAUUUAAUUUAGGACAGUUUCUGUUUCAUGUAUAAUUAUUUAAGAGUGAUUCCAAAGUUUUGUUGCAGGCAGGCACGCAACUGUGAAGUAGCAAAAGAAAUUUAGAAAAUUUAAGCUUUACAAGUUAAUGCAGUGUUUUUCAAUUUUUAAUAGCAUAAGUUCAAGAUGAAAAAAAGAGGCAAUCAGCUGUUCCGAAGAAAAGUUGCAUGCCUGUGAGGACUGUACAUUGGUCAAGUAGGUAUCACAAAGAUUGAAUAUGCGUAGUUGAUGUAGCACAUUUGAAAGCAGUUUCCCAUGCACUCACUUUGUCAGAAAGACAAAUCAAAGAAAUACACCUGUAUUCACAUUCCAAUUAAUUAGACCCCCACACACAACUUCAGUCCCACCCACCACAGAAAGGAUACUUUCUGCAUUAGGUCAUAUGUAAACUAGAUUUCAGACUUUUUCACUAUUAUUGUCUUGUCAAUUUGCAUUUUUGAAUUUAGUUAUAAGAUUGUUUUUCAAAAAAUUAGGUCAUUUUUGUUUAGAUUAUUUCUGUGCCGUUUUAUUUGCUUUUUGAUAUAGUUACACGCCAGCAAUCUUAUUGAAAUAAAAAUGAUUGACCAUGAUAAUUUUUGCAUACAU